CUAUGGACUGUUAAAUUUCAAGCCAGCCAUGGGGCAGACACAGCAUACCGAGAAUAAUGAGGAGAUUGAUGUCAAAACACUUCAGGAUAUGUAUAAAAGGUUUGUAAUAGAGUGCCCAAGUGGUCUACUUUUUCUGCAUGAGUUCAAGCGUUUCUUUGGUGUCGACCCAACAGGAGAAGCCUCUGACUAUGCAGAGAAUAUGUUUCGAGCUUUUGACAAAAAUGGGGACAAUACUAUUGACUUCCUUGAGUUUGUAGCAGCACUGAAUCUUGUUUUCCGGGGAGACCUGGAGCAUAAACUGCGCUGGUCAUUCAAGGUGUAUGACAAAGACAACAAUGGCUUUGUGGACAGGGACGAACUACGGUCAAUAAUUGAUAGUCUCUAUCGGAUAAAGCAGGGAACAAAGACAGAUGUGAGAGAUUCACGGCUUACAGUAGAUGAAGUUGUGGAUCGAAUAUUACAGGCUGUUGACAGUGACGGAGAUGGUAAAAUUAAUAUGGAAGAAUUCAUAAGAGGCGCACAGAAGGACCCCUGGGUGCUGAACAUGUUAAAGCUGGACAUGAACCCUGCUGGAUGGGUGCUCGAUCAGAGGAGAAGGAGUGCACAAUUCUGAAAUGUCAAAGCACAUUUGCCUUUUCCAUGAGAACAAAGGUAGAACAAUUAUGGCUAAAAUCCAUGCUUUAAAUUGUAUCUUUACAUAUUUCAUUGCUCUGAUUGGUUGUAGGUGUGUCCCUGUUAUUUUCAGAGGGCACUUGUUGAGGUUCCAGACUAGUACACAUUUGCGAAAAAGGCCAGGCUACUGAACAGUAUGAAUGCACAGCAAAAUGUCUAGUUUCUAUUUCUUCCUUUGUAUGCAUUAUUCUCUCUUUUCACUAUUAAAACUAUAACAAUGCUAAAAUACAAGUUAAUAUUAUUAAAUCUUGAUUAAGUGCAUAUACUGUAAAUAUUUUGCAUGCUAACUCAAGUCACAGCCUUACUAUUAUAAAAUGUCAAUAUGUAAAUAGAAAAUUAUUAUAAUGCUUUUCUAUAGUGAUUUUUUAAAAAUGGUUUACAAUUUUUUGUUGUUGUUUUUAAUCAAAUAAUAAUUCUAUACUGUAAAGUAUUAUUAUUUUACCUGAUUACUUGUCAAAGACAGGUUUUAAUAUCAAU